AUGCAGAGCAGGAUUUUCUUCGCUUGUGUGUUUCUCGGUCUGUUCUGCGCAUGCUCCGCUCUGAGCUGCAGGUGGAUGGAGCACAGAUUCAGACCGUACAGCGGAAACUCUUUGAAUCUGCUGGAUAUGAUGGCGAAUAACAUGACUAACAGCACUGAGGAUGGAGCGAACACUGUGCCCUUCCCUGAUCAUCUGUACAGCCAGGCAUCCAAAGCAUCAGCUGAAGGUAAACUUUCCUUCGCAGUUCACAUCCUGAAGGAGGUUUCUGCCCUGUUUGAGGAAGAUCACAGCUCUGCAUCAUGGCAGGAGGUCACAGUGGAGAACUUUCUCAAUGUCGUCAACAAACAGGCUGACGAACUUCACUCAUGUAUUAAAGGCCAUAGCCACAUGAAGAAGAAGAACACCAAGCUGCACUUGUAUUUCAAGAGACUAUCCAAUGAAAUCCUGGCGAAAAUGGGCCACAGUGCUGAUGCCUGGGAGCUGAUCAGGAGGGAAGUCAAAGUCUCUCUAAUCAAAGCUGACCACCUGGUUUCCUCUCUGCUCCCCUCCAACUAAAAUAUUUAACAUGGAUAUCACAAUAUUUAUUUAU